UUUGCAAUUGCAACUGUGUUUUUGACUGUAAGAAUUUUUUUUACCUACGAUGAGAAAACUGCAACAAUUUUCACGGAAACGAUGAAGAAGUAGAGAGAAAGGAAAUGAUUCUUUCACACUUUCUAAUUCCAUUUUUUUAAAGCCAAUCGGUGAUGCGUCACUUCCCUUCUUAGCCAUUUUAUCAGAGAGACAGAGAGAGAGAGACACAGAGAGAGAGAGAGAGGGACGGAGGGAGAUCCUCUGGGAGGACCGAAUUCGAGGUCUCCGCAUCGGAUUUGGUUGGGACGAUCAAAAUCGAGGUCUCUGCAUCGGAAUUAGUCGAGAUCUGGAAGAAUUUGGAAUCGACCUGUAGUAGAUCUCAAAUUACUGAAAAUUCAGUUUUCAAAGAGCUUCUAGGGUUUAGCAUUUCCCAAAAAAUCCGAGUUAGUUCUCUUGUUCUGGUGUCUGUUAAAGUGAAAGGAGAAAAGCAGAUUCUGGAGCUCCUUUUUGCAUGUGGUGGAAGAGAUCAGAGCUUUUUGCGACGUGAAUUGGCGGUGUAGAUCUGGCGGAGAUUUCAGCAUUUCGUCGCCCGUCGGAUCUCAUUGAGUAGACUUACAGAUUGCCGAUGGCGGCAGUAGGGGAGCUGGUGCCGAAACCUUUGAAACACUUGAAUGGCCAAGUAUGCCAGAUUUGCGGUGAUGAUGUUGGGACGACUGUGAAUGGCGACCUUUUCAUUGCUUGCGAUGUCUGCUCAUUCCCUGUUUGUAGGCCAUGCUACGACUACGAGAGGAAAGACGGGAAUCAGUCAUGUCCUCAGUGCAAGACCCGAUACAAGAGGCAUAAAGGAAGCCCUCCUGUGCUUGGAGAUGAAGGUGAGGAUGGUGAUGUCGAUGAAGUAGCCGGUGAUUUCAAUUACUUGUCGGGGAAUCAAAACCAGAAGCAGAAGAUUGCAGAGCGCAUGCUGAGCUGGAAAAUGAGCUACGGGCGCAUGGAGGAUGUUGGGGCUCUGAAAUAUGACGGAGAUGAAGUUCCGCACAAUCACAUUCCCAUGAUCAGCAGCAGCCAGGUUUCGGGGGAAUUGCUGGCUACAUCUCCAGACCGUCUUACGAUGCCAUCCCCUGGAGGUGGUGGAGGGAAGCGUGUGCAUCCUAUCCCUUAUGCAGAUGUCAAUCAGUCACCAGAUAAUAUUAGGGUGGUGGAUCCGGCAAGAGAAUUUGGUUCUCAGGGAUUUGGUAAUGUUGCUUGGAAAGAGAGAGUUGAUGGGUGGAAGGUGAAGCAGGAGAAGAAUACAGCGCCGAUGAGCACCGGUGGUCAUGGCAUUUCUGAGGGCAGGGGUGCUGGAGAUAUUGAUGCUAGCACUGACGUGAAUAUGGACGAUGCAUUACUGAAUGAUGAAGCCCGCCAACCUCUUUCAAGGAAGGUGUCCAUUCCUUCUUCCAGGAUAAACCCAUACAGGAUGGUCAUUAUUCUGCGGCUUAUCAUCCUCUGCAUUUUCUUGCAUUAUCGUAUUACAAACCCAGUUCGCAAUGCCUAUGCUCUGUGGUUGAUUUCUGUGAUAUGUGAGAUAUGGUUUGCAAUCUCUUGGAUACUGGAUCAGUUCCCGAAAUGGCUCCCUGUGAACCGCGAGACAUAUCUUGACAGGCUUACUCUGAGGUUUGAUCGAGAGGGAGAGCCAUGUCAGUUGGCUGCUGUUGACAUUUUUGUCAGUACUGUUGACCCUUUGAAGGAGCCCCCCCUUGUCACUGCCAAUACUGUUCUAUCAAUUCUUGCGGUGGACUACCCAGUCGACAAAGUUUCUUGCUAUGUAUCUGACGACGGAGCUUCUAUGUUGACAUUUGAAGCUUUGUCAGAAACUUCAGAAUUUGCCAGGAAAUGGGUUCCUUUCUGCAAGAAAUACACAAUUGAACCUCGAGCUCCAGAAUGGUACUUUGCACAGAAGAUCGACUACUUAAAAGAUAAAGUUCAACCUUCAUUUGUCAAAGACCGUAGGGCUAUGAAGAGGGAAUAUGAAGAAUUUAAAGUCCGCAUAAAUGGGCUAGUUGCCAAAGCACAAAAAGUUCCAGAUGAGGGAUGGAUAAUGCAAGAUGGCACACCGUGGCCUGGAAAUAACACUAGAGAUCAUCCAGGAAUGAUCCAGGUUUUCUUGGGCCAUAGUGGAGGGCUUGACAGUGAGGGAAAUGAGCUGCCACGGCUAGUCUAUGUGUCUCGUGAAAAACGUCCAGGCUUCCAGCAUCACAAGAAGGCUGGUGCAAUGAAUGCACUUGUACGGGUGUCAGCUGUCCUUACCAAUGGAUCCUACUUGUUGAAUCUUGACUGUGAUCACUAUGUAAACAAUAGCCAGGCACUGCGGGAAGCAAUGUGUUUCCUUAUGGACCCGAAUCUUGGGAAAUCAGUCUGUUAUGUUCAAUUUCCACAGAGAUUUGAUGGUAUUGAUAAGAAUGAUCGUUAUGCUAACCGAAAUACCGUGUUCUUUGAUAUCAAUUUAAGAGGGCUGGAUGGCAUCCAAGGCCCUGUUUAUGUCGGUACUGGAUGCGUCUUCAACAGAACUGCGUUAUAUGGUUAUGAACCACCUCUCAAGAACAAGCAUAAAAAACCAGGUUUUUUCUCUUCAUGCUGCGGUGGAUCACGAAAGAAUUCUAAAUUGAGUAAAAAGGGUUCGGACAAGAAGAAAUCAAGCAAGCACGUUGACUCUACUGUGCCAAUAUUUAAUCUUGAAGAUAUAGAGGAAGGGGUUGAAGGUGCAGGAUUUGAUGAUGAGAAGUCACUGCUCAUGUCCCAGAUGAGGUUGGAGAAAAGGUUUGGCCAGUCAACCGUCUUUGUUGCCUCAACACUCAUGGAAAAUGGUGGCGUCCCUCAGUCGGCAACUCCCGAGUCUCUUCUAAAGGAAGCUAUCCAUGUUAUCAGCUGUGGAUACGAGGACAAAACAGAGUGGGGUAGCGAGAUUGGAUGGAUUUACGGUUCUGUUACAGAAGAUAUUCUCACUGGAUUCAAGAUGCAUGCCCGUGGUUGGCGGUCGAUCUAUUGCAUGCCUCAGCGCCCAGCCUUCAAAGGAUCUGCUCCAAUUAAUCUCUCAGAUCGUCUGAACCAAGUGCUUCGAUGGGCUUUGGGCUCUGUUGAAAUUCUUCUUAGUCGGCAUUGCCCUAUAUGGUAUGGUUACGGUGGAAGGUUGAAAUGGCUGGAGAGAUUUGCAUACAUCAACACCACCAUUUACCCUAUUACUGCAAUUCCUCUUCUUGCAUAUUGUACACUGCCAGCAGUCUGUCUACUCACCGGGAAGUUCAUUAUUCCACAGAUCAGCAACUUCGCCAGUAUUUGGUUCAUUUCUCUCUUCCUUUCCAUCUUUGCCACUGGCAUAUUGGAGAUGAGGUGGAGCGGAGUUGGGAUUGAUGAAUGGUGGAGGAAUGAACAGUUUUGGGUCAUUGGAGGCGUAUCGGCCCAUCUCUUCGCUGUUUUCCAAGGCCUGCUGAAAGUCCUCGCCGGUAUCGACACCAACUUCACCGUCACGUCCAAGGCAUCAGAUGAGGAUGGAGAUUUCACAGAGCUGUACAUGUUUAAAUGGACAACCCUGCUGAUACCGCCAACCACGCUACUCAUAAUCAACCUAGUGGGGGUUGUUGCCGGGAUCUCUUAUGCCAUCAACAGUGGGUACCAGUCGUGGGGGCCGCUCUUUGGGAAACUCUUCUUUGCCUUCUGGGUGAUUGUCCACCUCUACCCUUUCCUCAAGGGGUUGAUGGGACGUCAGAACCGGACCCCAACCAUCGUCGUUGUAUGGUCGAUUCUCCUUGCCUCCAUCUUCUCAUUGCUGUGGGUUCGGAUCGAUCCAUUCACCACCCGAGUGACAGGCCCGGAUAUCCAACAGUGCGGAAUCAACUGCUAGAAUCAGUAGCAAGUAGAAGGUUGAGAUAUUCGAAAUGCUCAUUAACUCAAAAAGGUAUGGGCCAUUAAUGUAAGCAAUGUUGAGUGCUAUCGCUGUUGCUGUUAUUACAUUGUGAAGUUAUUUGUAGAUAAGUCAGUUUGGACUUUGGACAUUUUCCUAUUUUCCAUAAAUUAUUAUUAAUUCAUUUGUGGAAGCCAAUGGAAUUUGGGGCUGGUUCUAUUA